GCUCCAUUUUUUUCACUUGUGUGCACUUGUUCCUCCUUAGCCAUCCUCUGAGUAUCCGUCAAGCUAAAAAUCUUGCUUUAAAAUAUCACAAUUUCCCUGGAAUUACGACAAUUUCUUGACCGUUGUGGUGGAGUUCGUCGAUUCAGUCUCCAAAACUUGUGUUAUGGGGGGAGUACAGUGGGGAAGUACAGUGGACUGUGUUACUGCUCGUCAGCUCAAAUCCACAUUAAAAGAUUUAAAGUCUUUUUGAAGACUCAACAACAGCACAGGACUUGAAGCUUCUGUUGACAAAUAAAAGUCUCACAACAGCUUCUGGACAGAGCAGCUCUGGUCUGUGAUGGCUGAGUUUCAGUGAUGACGGUCUCCUCAAAAAAACCUCAGGAGUCAAACCCGCAUCCCAGAUCUGGAGAGAUGGAUGAAUCCGAUGGACGCCUGAAGUUCCCCUUUGAGGAUUCUGGGGCUGAGCCCAUAAAUGACCAGGACUCUCACUACACUAAGCUGCAGCUGGAACUGGAAAACGAUGCCCUGAAUCUGGAGGCAGAGACCUGGAGCCUGUCUGUGGACCAGAGCUUCCUGAAAGAUCUCAGCAAAGAUUCAGUAAAGAGGCAGGAGGUCAUCUACGAGUUGAUGCAGACAGAGAUGCACCAUGUACGCACUCUGAAGGUCCUGUUGUAUGUGUACAUGUACGAGCUCCGACGGUCGGGGCUGGUGGACGAGCAUCGUUUGGAGAGACUGUUCCCAGCUGUAGAUGCUCUUCUGUCUCAUCAUCAGCACUUCCUGGACGCACUCAAACACAGACAGAGACUGAGCCAGGAGCAGGAGGGGAGCAACAACUACCAGAUCACGCAGCUUGGAGAUAUACUUAUUACGCAAUUCUCUGGUUCAGUGGGAGAGGGGAUGAAGGAGUGCUACAGUGUCUUCUGCAGUCACCAGAGCGAAGCCACUAAGUUUUACAAAGACUUACUUCAAAACAGCAAAAAGUUUCAAAAUCUCAUUAGGAAAAUCAGCCAGCUGCCUCUUGUGAGGAGAAUGGGGAUCCCUGAGUGUUUUCUGUUGGUGACACAGAGAAUCACCAAAUAUCCAGUUCUAAUAGAGAGACUCAUCAAAAACACUGAAGUGGACACAGAUGAGUACAAGUCCCUGGUGCAGGGCUUGUCUUUGGUCAAAGACACCAUCGAACAGGUGAACUCUCAGGUGAGGGAGUACGAGCAGGUACUGAGGCUCAGGGAGAUCUGCUAUAGACUGGAGCCCAAGUCCAUUGGCCGAGUGUCCGAGGAGAGGGUCUUUAGACGAGAAGACCUCCUCCAGAACAACCGCACCCUGAUCCAGGAGGGCAGCGUGGUUUGGAAGACCCCUGGACGACAGAAAGAGAUCCAUGCUGUACUGCUGUCUGACGUGCUCAUUCUGUUACAAGAGAAGGAUCAGAAGUUUGUGUUUGCUACAAUGGAGAAGAACCCUCCUGUGAUCUCACUCAGAGGCCUGAUCGUGCGAGAGGUGGCGCUAGAGGACAGAGCCAUGUACCUGAUCUGCUCCUGCACCUCCAACAUGUACGAAAUCCACACGAGCUCCAAGGAUGAAUGUGACUCCUGGAUCAGCCACAUCAGGGAGGCUGUCAACAGUUUUAUUGAUGAAGAGCCAUACAGUGAAGAAAUGGCUCAACUACAACUAUUUCAAAACAGUCUAAAGGAGUGUGAUGACCAGUUGCGACACAGCGUAGAGGCCAAGCAGCAGGUCUGUGUGUCUCUGUUUGAGGCUGUGACGGGGCAGGAGUGUCCACACAGAGGAUUGUUACUGCGGAGCGACACCUCAGACCUCCAGCAGGGGGAGACACUGCUGCAGGAGGCAAUCAGAGAGGUGGAGAAUCUGCAGAGCCUGUUAAUGUUGAGGGUCAAAAAGAAGCAAAGUGAAAUAACUGACUGUUUAGACGAAACCAGAGUCGACCCAGUGAAUGGAGAUGUUUCUGCGGAUCUGGACACUGAGCCUGGUUCAGAUCUUCCGUUUGAGGAAACCGAUUACUCUGAGGGUCUGGAACUGUCGGCCGAUGGAGACAACAGAGAAACACUACCCCACACUUUAACUUCACAGGAACAAGACACACUUUUGGUGUGUGAGAGAAUGGUGCUGCUGGCUCAAAGGCUGAACAGCUUACAGGUGGUUUUAGCAAAGCACAGCAGUCAGGUGGAGCUGCUUCAGGCCUGCCAAUCCAAAAACAAACGAUCGGCUCGACAAGGCAACGCUUUGUUAGAACAAGAAAACCAGCGCAACAUGGAGAGGCAAAAACGGGAGCUAGCCAACCUUCACAAGAUGCAGGCACAGCAGCGAGAGGAGCAGCAGAGGUGGGAGAAGGAGAGGGAGAGGCAGAGGGUGCAGAUGGAAGUCCUGGAGGAGGAGGUGAAGAGGAGGGAGGAGGAGUGUAAACAAAGAGAGCAGAGACUGAAGGAGGAGAAGACUGAGCUGGAGACGCAGAGAGAUGGAUACCAACAUGACCUGGAGAGACUACGGGAGUCGCUAAAGAAUCUGGAGAAAGACAAGGAGAAGCAUGAGCAGGAGAAGAAGAAACUGGAGAAACUAAAGAAACACAUGAGCCUGGUCAACCCGGCUAUCAAUGUGGACGACCCAAAGAGUCUGUUGAGCUUCCCGUCCAUCAGAAGCACUGUCAGUGGUGUGGGGAACAUCACAGCAACACCGUUCGUUCCGCCUAAAAAAUCAGACCCCAAAGAGGUUCCUCCAAAGGUUCCCCCUCGAAGAGAGAGCAUCAGCCCCAAACCCUCCAAACCCUAUGUGCCCAUCCACCUCCGCAGCACCACCAACGACACCAGCCCUGCAGUCCGGCCAGGGGGCGCUAUAGAGCAGGUCAUCCCCACCAAACUGGAGGGCAUCAGCAAGAAGAAACUUAAGACCAAACCGUCCCAUAAGAGAACCAGCAGCGCAGCAAACAUCGACGUCCGAGAGGUGCUGCCGAUCCGAGUGGCCGGGAAAGAGGGAGGAAGUCUGAGAGCCCAGAGAACGUCCAGCCCCCAGAGAAUACACAAGACGACCGACCUCUUCACUCCACCUGGACCCGCCCUGAACAUGAAACCAUCGCCCUCCUUCAGUUCUCAGAGGAGGGGUAGCAGUGAAGCCCCGCCUCCUGCUCCUCCCCCGUUCCCCAAGGACAUCCUGGACCCUUCGUACCCCAAAGAGAUCUUCCUCUGAGCGGACACGACAUGGAGCUAGUUUUCAAUAUUUCUAUUAAGAAGAACAAAUAGUUUAUAAACUUCUGCACCUUAAUGAACUAGAUGUAGCGCUGAAACAAAGGCUGCUGGGAUUAUUAUGAACUGCAACGGAUUUUUUUCUGUACCCCAUUAUGUUUUAUAAUAUUCUGGAGCAAAAAAAAACUCUACAGAAGAUUUUAGGGUGCCACUUUAUUAAAAAAAUAGACCUUAAUUAGCCCUAAUAAAGCAUAAACAAAGACUUUAUUCAUAUUGAACAGAUAGUUUUUUUAAGAAUGAUUCAAGCUUAGUAGCCAGUUGAUUGUGGGUUAGGGUUAAGAGUUGGGUUUUCAAAAGUACUAAUUGAUACUAAAACUAGUAUCGAAACUGGAUACUGAUUUGAGCAGGUAUUGAUACAAAAAAAAUAAUUCACGUUCAUAUUGAAAUCAAGUUUGAAAUUUUAGUAUUGUGACACUGGUGAAGAGGUUGGGUUUAGGGUAGUAAGUAAUUACUAAGCCUGAAUUAAAAAAAACAAAAACAAUUUGUUGAUUAUUAAUUAAGCCCUAUUCAAGCUUUAUGAAGGAUAAUUAUUAAGUGUAGUUAAUAUAAAGCAGAUUUUUUAACUGUAGGUUGAACAGAAAUGUAAAAAUAUGUGAUUAGAGAGAUCGCUUUUACUUUUAUUUUAAAGCUCCUUGAGGGACCAUCAUUUUGCUGCUGGUACUUUUGUCUCAGUGAAAAGGUUCACUACUCUGCUACACUGGUAGGCUUAUUGUACAAAAGCUGUAAAUAUAUUGUUAUAAUUUCCUUUUAGGGCAGAUGGUUAGCAGUUAUUUCUUCUAUUUUAAAAAGUGUUGGACCCUCAGCUUGGUGCUGCUGUAAAAAAUUCUUGUAUUAUUUCUAAUGUAAUGGUAACUGUAAUGGUAGUUAUUGCUGCUAUUGGGGUAUCGUUUUUUAAAAAUCUUUUUCAAAAUACUUUUAGAGUCUGUAUUUUUCGAUACAGUACAAUGGACAAAGAAUUUGAGCCCAAUUUAUUUGAUUUUGUAAAAUGUGGUUUGUUCCUUUACUUGUGACCUGUGGUGUAUAUUUGUAAUUUGAUGUAGCUACACAAUCCAGAAAUUAAACUAGAAAAUCUUGUGACUUU